AUGUUAUCGCUCCUGCUCCGUGAAAAAGUAUUUGUACUGCAGUUUUCUCCGUUGGAUCUCAAUGCUUAUCAACGUCUUUUUCAUCAGCUUGUAGGAGAAGCAUGUUGGGCGUUCUUAUUCGGUAUCAUAAUUGGUCCUUACGGCGCAAAUAUUUUCCUCAUUCCCAACUUGAACUUUCUUUCCUCCCUCGCUGUCGCUGCAUUUUCGCGGCAGCAGUUGUCGGCGGUCAAUAUGCAGAAAAACACAUUCCAGCACACAUUCGACAUCUUUUGGAAGCGGAAAGUGGCUGCAAUGACGGCGCGGCCUUUCCCAUUCUUUGAUUGGUUCUUGUCACUUUGGUUAUGUAUUGGUGAAAACCUAGCGCCGAAAUACUGUUUCCCGGAGAGGAGCCAGAGGCAUUGUCAAAAUGACAAGAAGGUCCCCACCGUGUUCUAUGAGCGGCGUGCAGGUUCCGAGGAAGAGGUCGAGGUUGAAGUCAUCAAGAAUUACGGCCCACCCGAUGCCCACUCUUCAUUGUUUCAGGGCGAGCGUGCGGAAGCCCAAAGACACUUCAAAGAGGAUCUAGGUCGCCUACGAAAAGCGGUGGAUGACAAUCCGGCGGAGACUAGAAGAAGGCAGAAAAAGAUGUGA